AUGCACGCAUUCUGCAAAAGGGGUCAACUACAGGAGGCUCUGAGACUAAUUCUCUUAAACCCAGCUGAGUUAGACUCUUAUUAUUCUUGCUACAUGAAUAUCUUGCAGCUCUGCAUCGAUGAACGAGCAGAAAGACCCGGUCUUUUGGUUCAUAACCACGCAAUAACAAGUGGGUUUGAUUCAAAUUUGAAUUUAAACACCAAGCUGGUAAUAUUUUACUCGAAAUUUGGCCGCAUUGUUAGUGCCCGUAACGUGUUUGAUCGAAUGCCUGAGAAAAAUGUUGUGUCUUGGACCGCUAUGAUUUCUGGGUAUGCUCGAAGUGGAUGUUAUGAAAAUGCUUUGGUGAUGUUUUUGAAUAUGCGUCAGGCGGGUUUUAGAGCUAAUCAGUUUGGGUAUGGUAGCACGUUGAGGGCAUGUACAAGUUUGCGGUGUUUGGAAGUAGGGAUGCAAAUACAGGGGUGUAUUCUGAAAGGUAGGUUUGCUGAGAACUUGGUUGUGCAGAGUGCGUUGGUUGAUUUUCAUUCAAAGUGUGGAAAGAUAGAGGAUGCGCGUUAUUUGUUUGAGGAAAUGUCGGAAAGGGACUUGGUCUCUUGGAAUGCAAUGAUUGGCGGCUAUGCUGUUCAGGGCUUUGCUGAUGCCUCAUUGCAACUGUUUCAUUCAAUGAUGAGGGAAGGCAUGUUCCCUGAUUGCUUCACCUUGGGGAGUGUUUUGAGAGCCUUAGCUGGAGGUAGUGGUUUAAUGAAGGUAAGUCAAAUACAUGGGUUCAUCAUGCAAGUGGGGUUUGGAUCACACAAAACUUUAAGUGGAUCGCUGAUCAAUGCAUAUGCUAAAUGUGGAAGUGUAGAGAGUGCUCAUAAAAUAUACAAGAACAUGAUGAAAAAGGACAUUAUAGCUUGCACUGCACUGAUAACUGGAUAUGCACAAGAAGGUAACUACAGCAGAGAUGUGCUAGAUCUCUUUAAAGAAAUGACUCUUAUGCACCUGGCCUUGGAUGGUGUCAUAUUAUGCUCCAUGCUUAACAUAUGUGCCAAUAGUGCUUCAUUGAUCUUGGGAAGACAAAUCCAUGCCCUGACUUUUAAACACCAAGCUUGUUAUGAUGUGGCCAUGGGAAAUGCUCUAGUUGAUAUGUAUGCCAAAUGCGGAGAAAUUGAAGAUGCUAACCAUGCUUUUGAUGAGAUGGAAGAAAAAAAUGUUAUUUCAUGGACAUCGCUGAUUUCUGGAUAUGGAAGGCAUGGCUUAGGACAUAAGGCGAUUGCUUUAUAUAAAAAGAUGGAAUAUGAGGGGUUGGAACCUAAUGGUGUCACAUUCUUGUCUCUUCUCUUUGCUUGUAGCCAUGCUGGAUUGACAGGAGAAGGAUGGGAAUGCUUCAAUACUAUGUUCAGCAAAUACAACAUCUUGCCUGAAGCUGAGCAUUUUUCUUGCAUUGUAGAUCUUUACGCACGUGCAGGUUUGUUAGAAGAAGCUUACAAGUUGAUAUGUGACAUGAACAUCAAGCCUAAUGCCUCACUUUGGGGAGCCAUUCUUGGGGCAUGUAGCAUAUAUGGUAAUAGAUCACUUGGAGAACUGGCAGCAAUGCAUCUUUUUGAGAUGGAUCCAAAGAAUUCAGUUAACUAUGUUGUUCUAGGAAGCAUAUAUGCUGCAUCUGGAGCAUGGGACAAUGCUUUGGAAACCCGAAAUUUGAUAGAAAACAGAAGUUUGAAAAAAGAACCAGCACAGAGCCUUUUACAAUCCACAACAACGAAAACUGUGCUUUUUCAGCCAACUUAA